ACCACCUUCCCACCCACCCACGAAGGUUCAAGCCUGUUUACAAAUCCCGACCAUAAUACCUUCAGUGAUAUAUAUAAUACAUGCUGUGAUCUCAAGAAUCAGGAAACUCUACUCCUCAUAUUGCCCUGUUUUCUUGAAUAAUCUUCUUCCUUGUCAGUGUGAUUCUUGGUUCGAUGGGGGAUGUGGGAAUCACCGUAGUGGAAGAGCAGAGAGAUGAAUCCCAGGAGUUGCUUCAAGACCUUCCAACAGAAAUAGGCAUGGGAGGUAAUCUUCUCUAUCUAUACCAAGGAUUCUGGUGUCCUCAGGUAUCAAUCAAGGGCAUGAUGUUGUUUCAAAAACACUUCCAGGCACAAGAAACUGACCUCAUACUUGCCAGCAUUCCAAAAUCAGGUACCACUUGGUUAAAGGCCUUGACUUACACUAUAGUUAAUCGCUCCCGUCACUCACUUGAAAAGAGCCCUUUGCUCACCAAUGGCCCUCAUGGGGUCGUGCCCUUUCUUGAGUUCGAUAUCAGCUCCAGAAACCAGUUUCAGGAACAAGACAAGCUUCCCGAGCCUAGGAUUUUCGGAACCCACUCGCCUUACACGGCACUCCCGUGUUCGGUCAAAGAUUCCGGUAGUAAGAUUGUGUAUGUGUGUCGGAAUCCUCUGGACAUGUUCAUUUCCUAUUGGAAAUUCAGUGUCAAUAUCCCAAAGGAGAAUGAGAAACACCUUUCACUAGGAGAUGCCUUUGACAAGUUUUGCCAGGGACUUCAUGGCUACGGUCCGUUUUGGGAUCAUUUAUUAGGGUACUGGAAGGCAAGCUUGGAGAGACCUGAUAAGGUCUUGUUUCUGAAAUACGAGGACAUUAAAAAGAACAAUGUCCCUUACAUCAAGAAGCUGGCCAACUUUCUGGGGCUUCCUUUUUCCGUGGAGGAAGAGGAGCAAGGUUUGAUAGAGGAAACAUCCAGGCUAUGCAGCGUUGAAAGCAUGAAAAACCAUGAAUCAACCAGGACAGGCACAGGCCCUCUUGGGAUCCCAGCUAGUGCCUUCCUCAGGAAAGGAGAGGUGGGAGAUUCACUGAAUUAUCUAACACCCUCAAUGGUGAGCCGUGUGGAGAAUCUGAUUCAAGAGAAGCUCCAAGAUUCUGGUCUCAGCUUCUGUCUGUCCAGCGCAUUCCAAAAUAGUUCAUGAGGUCUAAUUUUUUUUUUUUAAAUCAAUGU